GAUUCUGACGUAAUUUCUUCCAUUUUGGCAGUUAUUGAGUGACACAAACACAUAGACAUUGAAUGGAUUGAAUUGAACUGAAAGAGAGAGAGAGAGAGAGAGAGAGAGAGACACACAAACUGACGACACAUUUGAAGGCAAACUAACUGUCAGUGCAUUUGAGUUCAAACACUACUUCUUAUAUCGAUUCCAGUGGUGAUCAUAACUAACGGCUUAAUCAACUGAUUGCACACAUUUGACGACAACUAAACACAUCCAACGACUGAAGACAUGUUUAUUUGGGACUUUUUCUCCGGUGUCUUAGGAUUUCUUGGUUUAUGGAAGAAGAGCGGAAAGUUGUUAUUCUUGGGUUUGGAUAAUGCGGGCAAAACAACACUUCUUCAUAUGCUUAAAGAUGAUCGUAUGGCUCAACACGUGCCUACUCUUCACCCAACAUCGGAAGAGUUAUCAAUCGGUAACAUAAAGUUUACAACAUUUGAUUUGGGCGGACACAGUCAGGCCCGACGUGUUUGGAAAGAUUAUUUUCCCGCAGUGGACGCUAUAGUGUUUUUGAUCGACGCGUGCGAUCGCGAGAGGUUUCCCGAGUCUAAAGUCGAGUUAGAUAGUCUAUUAACUGAUGAACAGUUGGCCAACUGUCCCGUUCUUAUAUUAGGCAACAAAAUAGACAGACCGGGAGCCGCCGGUGAAGAUGAAAUUCGUUCAUAUUUCGGAUUACACGGUCAGACAACAGGAAAGGUAAAAGUAGCCCGAUCUGAACUACCCGGUCGUCCAUUAGAGCUAUAUAUGUGUUCAGUGCUUAAGAGACAGGGAUAUGGAGAGGGAUUUCGAUGGCUGGCGCAGUAUAUCUGAUUAUUUUAAUGCAAAUUGAAAUCAUUUAAUUAAAACUUUUUUAUAAAUAUAUAUAUAUAUUUGAAUUUAAUGUAUAAGUAUUUAAUUUAUUGUUUCAAUCGAUUGAUUGGUUGAUGAAAAAAGACUCGACUAUUAAUACAAUUUUUUAG